AUGGGGAAACCCAGACGCCAGGGCACCCCAGGACCCUCGGGCAACAGCCCUCCGCGGAAAUACGCCGGGCCGAUGGAUGAUUUCCUUUCUACCCCCGACAGCCUCCGAACCAUGCGGCCCGCUGACAAGAUGGCCGCCGCCUCCCCAAGUGCAGAGAGCGGUGCAGAUUCAGAGCUGGGCUCGGCACGAGGGGAGGCUCUCUCCCACAUCACGGCCGAGUUAGCCUCCAUCUCGGCUAAUAUGCUCACUAAAAAUGAUAAAACUAACCUGGUUAUGGAAUUGAGAGCGGCGAUCCGGGAGGAGAUAAUGGCGGUGCGCAAAGACCUCACAGCCCUCGAAGACAGAGUCACAGAGCUGGAGAGGGAAAAUCUGCAGGCCCUCCAGCACUCCCAGGCUGCUGACCAUGCCACGGCCAGACAGGGGUCGGUGCUCCUGGAGCUCCGCAGGCAAGUAGAAGAUUUAGAUAAUAGGGGGAGGCGCAAUAACAUUCGGGUUAGAGGCCUUCCUGAAGCAGAUAAUGAAGACCUCGGGGAUGUCCUCCCACAGCUGUUUACCCACAUUCUGGGGGAAGAGGCCCCGGACGAAUACAACAUAGAGCGCGCCCACAGGGCUCUGCGUCCCCCGAGAAGAGAUGGCCUCCCACGAGACGUGAUCUGCUGCCUUCUCUCCUUUCAGCUUAAAGACGCCAUCAUGAGAGCAGCACGCCCGCAACGCAUCAUUUUCCAGGACUCCCCAAUAUCGCUGUACCAGGAUCUGUCCACCCUCACCUUGGACGCCCGGAGAGCGCUAAGGCCGCUGACGCUCAUCCUCCAGGAAAAGCGCAUUCCUUAUAAAUGGGGCUUCCCUUUCUGCCUUCAGGCCAAAAAGGACAAUACCUGGCGUUCCCUGAGAUGGCCCAAUGACCUUCCUAGCUUCCUACGUGCCCUGGACCUGCCGCCAGUCACCAUCCGCAACUGGAUCCUCGACCAACCCCCACCGCGCUUGGACCACCCUGAGGCCCCCCAGCUGCUACGUACCCAAGCACAGAAGGAAGCGCAGCCCGUGCGCUGGGGGGGCCCCCAUGGAUCUGAGGAGUAG